GGUGAUUUUGUUUGUAAAAUUUGCAUGAAUUAAUUGUUUAUAUUAUAUAAUAGUAAUACUGAUUAUUUUGUCUAUGCAUAACCUUAGUGUGUACCAGUGGCCCUUACCAGAAGGAAAGAAUGGUCAACAAGCUGUAGAGAUUCUCCAAAAACGAGUCGAACAACUUGGAGCAACAAAGACGGGAACAUUUUGCGUGGAUUGCGAGACUUACCAGUCAAGCCUCGGCCCAAAUGCUCCAACAAAGAAUGUCUUUCUCGUUCACAACACUGAGCACCCUGCGACAACCUUUGCUGUCCUUGAGUCUGGUCUGGUGCUGGUUGCUGAUAGUCUAUUGGACAUCUUCAUGCUCAAACUUAAUGGAGCCUACAACCUCAAGAAGAAUGCCAAUAUAGAGUCAAAGGGGCAGAGAUAUGAGCAAAUGGAUUUUGUCAUCAAAAUUGGCAGUGUGUCCAUUGGACCAAGUUUCAAAGGCAUACUCGUGGAGGUCGAGUAUCAGCCGUGCGACAUUCCCGCCAGCUGCUUUGAUCUGAUGCGAGAAUUCAUGCAGGGAUUCAUCGGACCGAGUGUUCAGCUUCCUCCACAGCUAGUAGCUGCAAAAAUAGCGGAACCGUACACGCCAAAGGACACCGUGCAGCAGUACUUGGAUCAUUUCAACAGCCUCAGGAGGACGACGGCUGCAGGGCCACCUACUCGGAUGCAGUGACACAACGUAGCAGGCUCACACGAGCUUAUAUCAUAUGAUCUACUAGACGAGCCGAGUAUUGCGGUCAGAUGCUGUCGUUGUCAUGAUGGCUGGCGCAUCUUCCAAGAUUGAAGUACGAGGCAUUCGAGUUGAAUGGAAAUUGGCAUGAAGUGGUUGGUGUUGAUCGAGCAUAAGGUUAUCGAAAAGAAACGUUUGUGAGAAUAAACAACAGAGGUGUUCACCUGUCUCUCCUUCAAACACCCAGUCGUCAUCGCCAUGCAGCAAGAUUUGUAGAGAUAUUUGUACAAAACAUUUUAGUGCAUGUGUAUGUGUAUAAUAUAUUUAUAUUUUUGAUAUCA